GAGGACCCAAAUGCCCACUCUGAUCCUGCCAUUGAACUCCAUUCUUUGGUCUCCUUUCACCACCCUCCCAUCCCAUUUGAACUCCUCUCUCUCUCUCUCUCUCUCGGACGCCCCCAUUUCUCCUCCUCACCGAUCAAUCACCCUUUCGUGCCCUUAUUCUCCCUCCUUUCCCCCUCGCCGAAUCUUCUGCAGCUCCUUCCCUUCGCAUCCAACUCUUCUUCUGUUCACGUGAUGUAUCUCCUUAGCUACUAGCGACCUGUUUGCUCUGCUCACUCCCCUCGUCUCGUUCUUGUUAUCAUCUGGGUGGUCAGAUCUGUUACUGUGGGCGCAUCCUUUUGCCAUAGUCUUCCUCGUUUCCUGAUGUGUGUGCGCUCGUAGAUGGUAUCCCCUGGGGGCUGAUCUGUGCUUCCUCGGUAUGGGAGCAUUUGGAUCGCCUUGAAGCCAUCGCCGCCGAGGUGUUCGCCUGAUGAUGCAAGCUCGCCAGGGGAGAGGUGGUAGGGUUGAGGGGUGCUUUGGGUUCUUGUGGCUGCGGGGUUCCGCGCUGUGCUCGUUGUUUCUGUACCUGCUCGUGGUGUGGGGUCAUGGAAGUCCUCCGUUCCGGCGAUCAUCUGGGGCUGCCACCUCCGGCGUCCUGAUGUUCUUGUAGUGCUGCGCUGCGAUGGGGAACGGCACUUCUCGAGCCGUCGGCUGCUUCGUGCCCUCGGGGUUCGCGAAGGGCGGGGUCGAUUUGGAGUUCCUUGAGCCCUUGGAUGAAGGGCUGGGCCACUCCUUCUGCUAUGUUAGGCCGGUGAUCAUCGAUUCUCCUGCCAUCACUCCGUCCACCUCCGAGAGGUACACCCUCGAUUCGAGCACCCUCGAUUCGGACACGCGCAGUGCUUCUUUCAGGCAGGAGUUAGCAGAGGAUUUCGCAGGUCUGCACAGGCCAAGUAAGAGUUCUUCUGAGACCACCUUUAGGACGAUAUCAGGGGCCUCCGUAAGUGCGAAUGCCUCCACUGCUCGAACCGGCAACCCUAAUGUUCUUGUCUCCGGCGAUGCCCAAGAACCGGCCGCCUCGUUUCAGAGCACAGCCUCAUUCGCCGCCGUACCUCUGCAGCCGGUGCCUCGUGGUUCAGGGCCAUUGAAUGGGUUCUUGUCAGGGCCCUUGGAGAGAGGAUUUGCCUCAGGGCCUUUGGAAAGAGGGGCAGGUCUUAUGUCGGGGCCAUUAGAUAAGGGUGUCUUCAUGUCAGGUCCCCUUGAUCCAACUGAUAGAAGCAACUUCUCAGCUCCACUUGGUUAUGGCCGGAGAAAGGUAAGGUUUGUAUGGCUUAUGAGAAGCAUGAGUCGACCCAUGAGAAGUGCUCUUUCGAGGACUUUUACAAGGCAUCAACAUGGUUCUGGUUGGAUGCAGCGGUUCCUCUUGCAUCCUAUGACCCAGCUAGUUUCACAUUCUAAGGAGGCAAGGCAUCAGCCAGAACCUCUGGCGACCUGUUUGGACGUUGGGACAUCUGAACCUGAGUACUGCAGUAGCCGAAACUUGCAAUGGGCGCAUGGCAAGGCCGGGGAGGACAGGGUUCAUGUUGUUCUCUCUGAAGAACAGGGAUGGUUGUUUGUUGGGAUUUAUGAUGGUUUCAAUGGCCCUGAUGCACCUGAUUUUUUGAUGAGUAACCUUUACAAAGCUAUAGAUAAAGAAUUAGAGGGACUUUUGUGGGACUAUGAAGACAAAUCAGGGCAUAUUGCAGCUACAUCUGAUCUUACCGAAAGUGAUUCUUCCAAGACUAGUUCCAGUAUUGUUAAAGAAGAUUGUGUAAGUUCUCAGUUGCAGUUUGGUGAAUCACAAUAUAAUGAAUCACGAAAUCAAUCUUUUGGCAACCAAGGUGAGGGAGUUGUACUCAUCCCAUCUGACAUGGGCAGUAACAAAUCCGAGUCUACCAUUGACAAUGGCUCGGGUAAUGAAUCGAGCAGGGCUGUUCAAGCUGUAGAGGAAAUAGUUGACAAAGACAUCAACAAGAAGCAGAGUGGAAUUGCUCAUGACUCCAAUGUAGACAUAGGUUAUGAAAAUACGGAUACCAAAGGCCACAUUGGUGCACCCCAAACAUCUUGCACACCAGAAACCAAAUUAGCAAGCAGAUAUAGAAAAAGCAAAUGCCUUUAUGAGCUUCUGCAAAUGGAACUGCUGGAAGACCGCGACAGCAAGUCCUUUUUGUCAUCUGGUAACGCCAGUAGAUCCUGUGAUUUGCAGUUUAGUGCCACUGAAGAUUUAUGUAGCAGAGAAACCUCAUCGACAGUGCAACCUGUUUUGUGCUCUUCCAGCAUCGAGAGAAAAAGUUCAGGUCUCGGGGAAGAUCUUGGUGGACUAAUAAGAGAAAAUGAUGCUGCAGUUGGGAUUGAUUCCAAAGGCUCGAAGCAGAAGUAUGUGGCAUCAUUUUCUUCUUUAGGACAAAAGAAGAUGAUCCGAAUAUCAUUGCUUGGAUCAAAGUUGAGAAAAAUGUACAGGAAACAUAAAUCAUCUCACAAGAAGCUUUUCCCUUGGAGCUACUAUUGGCACAGAGAUCCAUCCAAUCUUGAUGAGAGAACAGCUAACUCAUCAGUGGUUAUCAGAAGAUGCAAAUCGGGUCCAGUGGACCAUGACGCAGUCCUUAAGGCUAUGACACGAGCACUAGAAGCCACAGAGGAGGCUUAUGUGGACAUGGUAGAGAAGGCACUCGAUAAGAACCCAGAGCUCGCACUAAUGGGUUCAUGUGUUCUAGUGAUGUUGAUGAAGGAUCAGGAUGUAUAUGUCAUGAACCUUGGUGAUAGUCGUGCUAUUCUGGCACAAGAUAAAUUAGAUGAUAGCUAUAGGAACCCAACACUUGCAAAAGAAGAUGUGAGACACUGGAACAGGUCAAGGGAUUCUCUUGUUCAUGUGGAACUAGACAGGAUAUCUGAGGAAUCUCCAAUGCAUAAUCCUAAAGGACAAAUCUGCAACAUUAAUCAGACUAGGGAACUUCAUCUUUGUAGCCUAAAAGUGAGGGCUGUUCAGCUAUCUUCUGACCACAGUACAAGCAUUGAGGAGGAAGUCUUGAGAAUUAAAGCAGAACAUGCUGAUGAUGCUCAAGCUGUCUUCAAUGACAGAGUAAAAGGGCAGCUAAAAGUUACAAGGGCAUUUGGAGCAGCGUUUCUGAAGAAGCCAAACUGUAAUCAAUCUCUGCUUGAGAUGUUUAGAGUUGAUUAUAUCGGGAACUCACCAUAUAUUAGCUGUUCCCCUUCCGUUCUUCAUCAUCGUCUCUGCUCAAGUGAUCGUUUCUUAGUCCUCUCUUCCGAUGGGCUUUACCAGUACUUCAGCAAUGAAGAAGUUGUUUCACACGUUACAUGGUUCAUGGAAAAUGCACCAGAAGGAGACCCUGCACAGUACCUCAUUGCUGAGCUGCUAAUUCGUGCAGCUAAAAAGAAUGGGAUGGACUUCCAUGAGUUGCUGGAUAUUCCUCAAGGCGACCGGCGCAAAUAUCAUGACGAUGUUUCCGUUAUGGUGAUUUCCCUGGAAGGAAGGAUUUGGAGGUCAUCCAGUUGAUCGUUGUUUGGAGCAGCAAGCUUUGCCCUGUAUCCUCAUCUGUAACAUAUUCCCAUCAUGAAAGGCAUUCUUGUUCUUUACAUGUUCUCAUCUCCUUUUGAUGUACUCGUUCCAUCUCUCUCACCCUCGGAGUUGUGAUGGCCAUCUCUCUCACCCUCUUGAUGAACCUCCUCGCCAAAAUUCAAAGCCUAUCAGAGGGUAUGCGCAGCCCGAGAAUCACUGAACUCAGACCUAAUCAGUAGACUUGCAUGACUCCAUGACCCCAUGCCGCAGCUUGGAAACUUGCAUUGGAUAAAGAAAAACUUCUCUUUUAAGUUA